CUCUGCAGCUGUUGUAGAGAAAACCUGCAUCUCCAUGUUCCUCCCUUCUGACAUCCUCUGCAGCAGGAUCUAAACAGACAUAAUGGAGAUCUUACUUUUAUUUACAUUGAGUCAUCUUGUGGUGUUUGCAGAGGCACAUUCUCUACAGUACCACUACACCGCGCUCACGCCCAGACAUGCUGGUUCAGAGUUCACUGCUGUGGGUCUGCUGGAUGAGAAGCAGUACAUGUCCUACAGUAGCAGUCACAGGAGACUGAUCCCAGAUAACUGGAUCAAAAAUAUUAUGAGCGAAAAUUACUGGAAGGAUGAGGCACAGAACAUGCAGAGCAAUCAGUAUAGAUUUAACAGUACAUUCAAAACAGUAAGGGAGCAGUUUAAUCACAGCAGAGGUGACACACUACAGAGGAUGUACGGCUGUGAUAUUAUUAAUGGCGGCAUCACUAGAGGAUACAAUCAGUACGGUUUUGAUGGAGAAGAUUUCAUCAGUCUGGAUCUGGAAACUGGAACCUGGAUUGCAGUUAAACCUCAAGCUAUGAUUCUCAAACGCAACUGGGAGUCUAAUGGUUACACUAAAUACUGGAAGAGCUUCCUGGAGCAUGACUGUAUUUUUUUGUUAAAUACAUUUGUGAAUUAUGGCAGAAAGACGGUGGAGAGAAAGGUAAACUGUGUGUUCUGCUCUGAUACUGUAACACACUAUUUAUGUCUUUGUGUCUCUGCAGAUCCUCCUGAAACGUCACUGUUCCAGGAAGAAGCUUCUUCUCCAGAGGUGGUGUGUCAUGCUACAGGUUUCUUCCCCAAAGCACUGAAUAUCUCCUGGCAGAAGGACGGAGAGGACGUGCAUAAGGACGUGGAUCUCAGAGAGACGUUACCCAACCAGGAUGGAAGCUUCCAGAAGAGGAGCAUUCUGAAAGUCUCAGCUGAGGAGCUGCAGAAACACACCUACACCUGUGUGAUUGAGCACAGCAGCUUGGAGAAGGAUUUAGUGCUGCCUGUGAGCGAGAGACGAAUCCUGAGAGAUGGAGGAUCAGAUGGAGGAUCAGGUGGAGGACUGAUUGGGAUCAUUGUUGGUGUCAUCGUGGCUCUCGUUGUUCUUGUUGCUGUUGUUGCUGGAAUUGUGAUCUGGAAGAAGAAGAACUCUGGAUUUAAACCUGUUCACCCAAACCCUGUGAUUUAGGAGCUCACACGUGAAAUGCUUUCCUAAUCAGAAGCCGUGGAUGAACUCUGAAGUCCAUUUCCUGUUGAAAGCAUUAUAAUGCAGAGGACUAGAACAGAGCCAGGGCCAACCUGAAAAGGGGUAUUAGGAGAGUAUACAUACAAACUCCAUAUAGAAGAGAACAUCUUUCACCCCAAACACAUGUGGAAGACCAAUGAUUUUCACCCAGUUGCACCCAUAUUGUUAUGAAGUGCUUGAGAAUCUGAAUCACCUCACUGCAGGGAGACCACCUUCACUGGACCCACACCAGUCUGCCUAUCACCCGAACAGGUCGACAGAAGAUGCAGUUUCCACGGCUCUUCAGCCCUCACCUACCUGGAUAAAAACAACACCUACAUCAGAAUGCUGUACAUUGACUUUAGUUCUUUGUUCAAUACAGUUCCCCACUCUGUACUGAUCACUAAGCUCAGGGUACCUUGCAGAUGGAUUUCUCAGCCCAAUUACCCACAACUGUGCUCCUCUUCAUAACAACGUCGAUGACACCACCGUGGUUGGCCAGACCAGCAACAACAACGAAUUGGCAGACAGGGAAAAGAUCCGAAGCCUGACAGUGUGGUGUGCCACCAACAACCUGACCCUCAAUGCCAUGAAGACUAAAGAGCUCAUCGUAGACUUUCAGAUAUCUAACAGCAGGAGACACUUCCCAGUCUACAUAAAUGGAACUGGGGUAGCGAGGGUGUCCACCUUUAAGUUCUUGGGAGUUCACAUCUCUGAGGAUCUCUCCUGGCACCAGAACACUUUAGCUCUGGUUAGGAAGUCACAGCAAUACCUGUACUUUCUUGAGCAGUCUGACCAACUCAAUCACUGUAUAGUACGGAGGCUCUACUGUUGUGAAUGUAAAGCCCCACAAAGGGUGAAUAAAAAUCCCCUAACGCAUCACUCUCACCGAACUACUUGCCAUUGAGCACCUUCACCAUAGCAACUGUUUAACCCCCUUUCUUAAAGAAGGAGAUACAAGAACAUAUGCACCAGAACCAUAAGUUUCCGGGACAGCAUUUUUCUAUCCACUAUCACCCUAUUAAACUUUAUACAGUGAUCUAACGGUGUAGUGUAAACACUGUAUAUAACAUCUGUAAAGUUGUACAUACAUACAGCACUUUUAUACGUCGCUCUGGAUAAGGGCGUCUGCUAAAUGCCACAAAUGUAAAUGUGAAUGUAAAUACAAUGUACAUAAUACAUAUUGUAAUUUUAUACUAUACA